AUGGGUUUUAUUUUAUUAUUUUGUUUUAAAUAUAAACUGGCUUUUAAUUUUUUUUUGUAAAUAUAUCCUAAUAUUAGUUAAAAAUAUUAGGAAUUUAUAAAUUUCCGAAAAAUUCUUAAAGAGGAAUUUCCCUAUACUUAUCAAUCAAUUAUUUUUUUUUCAUUAAAAAAAUAAAAAAUAAAAAAAUAUAUAUAAUUUUUUUUUAAAAAAAAUAAAAAAUUAUUAAUAUAUUAAUAUAUAUUUAAAAAAAAUUCUAAAAAAUUAAAUAUAUUAAAAAAACAAAAUAAAUAAAUAAAUAACUUAAAUAAAAAAAAAAUUAUUAGAAAAAUAAAUAAAUAUAUAAAAUGCAAAAACAACCCAGUAUCAAUGACGAAGAAAUAACUAAAGAAAACCUCAUGUACAUAAUAAAACAAUUCCAAUAAAAAGGCUUCGAAUCAUUAUCUCUCGAAAAUCUUGCCCUUACAAUAAUCCAUAAGGACUUUCCUCGUUUAUUUUAAUAAUAAACAGGUUUAGAUUGGCGUUAAAAGUUUCAAAUAAAGGCCUCAGAGCGUUUAAAUUAUGCAAAAUUUGACAUUUAAUGGCUUACUCGUAAACCUACUUAAAAUGAAUAUUUUAAGCCAAUAUUUUCUAAUAUAGAGAGGAAUGAUUUGGACAAAAUUAAGCAUUUUUUAAAUUAAAUUCCUAAAGAUUUUGAUAUUUUAAAAAUAACCGAUUUUUCAUAAAAAUCGCCUUUGCAUUUUUCCGCUUAAAAUUCUCAAAAUACCACAAUUUUCGAGUUUUUUAUUUUCAAAGGAUUCAAUGUAAAUGCAAGAGAUAGAACAUUAAAAACUCCUUUACAUUACGCAUGCUUAUAUGGAAAUCUAUAAUUUUGUAAACUCUUAAUUUAAAAUGGAGCAGAAAUAGAUAGUAAGGAUUCUUAAAGGAAAAAAUCCACUGCAUUUUGCCGCAAGUGGUACAUCAAUAGAAGUAGUUAAAUAUAUAUUGAACAUAAAUAGCUCUUUGGUACAUUUUGGUGAUAAUAAUGGUCUUUAUCCUUUACAUUAUAGCGUUUUUAAUACUAGUUAGGCAUAAAUAGAGAUUAUAAGAUUAAUUGUUUUAAUUGGAAAGGCAGAUAUUAAUGGCAUUGAUGAAAAUGGAAAAACAGCUUUACAUCAUGCGGCUAAAGAAGGGAAAGGGAAAAUUAUUCCAAUAUUAAUUGAAUUGGGAAGUGACAUUACUUUAAAGGAAAAAACGGGAAAAAAAACAGCUUUAGAACUUGCUUGUAAUGAUCGAAUUAGAGAAAUGAUAAUUAUAUAUACAGGUGAAUAAAAAACAAAGGGAUAAAAACAUAAUAUAGAAAAUAAUUCUUUUUUAUAAAUUUAAUAAUGUAAAAUUUAAUUCUAAUAAUAAGAAGAAUAAGAAAAAAUAUAAAUUAAAAUCCAUAAAAAUAAUGAAAAUAUAAACUGUAAUAUUUAAGAACAUUUAAGAUAACGUUUUUAUUUUUUUAUGAAAAAUAUAUAAUAAGAAGGCAUUAAAAGCUGGCAUCAUUUAAAAAAACCCUAUAUUUAUACAGCAUCAUGGUUCGAAGGUAUUAAAUCAUGUGAAGAACUAUAUGAUGUUAUUAAAAAAAUAUCACCAUGUGAAGCUACAAUUAGAGUUUUUAAUAUUUUAUGUCCUUAUGAGGAUUAAAUGCCUAUUUCAGAUGGAAAAGAAAACAUUAUAGAUAAUUUUUAUGGAUAUUAAUGGAGUGAAAAAUAAGAUGAGGAGAUAAAGAGUUUUUUAAAUAAUGAAAAUAAUGAAGUAUUCAAUAAUAAAAUAAAAACUUUGAAAGAAAUACUUUAAUUAAGGGAAAAUGAGAUAGUCUAAUUGGAAGAAAAAAAUUAAAUUUUAAAUGAAUAAAUUGUAUUUAUGGAAAAUUAAAUAUAAGAAAAUGAAAAAGGAUAUACUUAAAUGUAAGAAGAAAUGAAAAAAUAAUAAGUUUAAAAAGACGAAAAAAUUAAAAAAUUAAACGAAAAUAUAAACUAAAAAACUAAACAAAAUUAAAUUCUAGAAAAGCAAAUAAAAGACUUAUAAAACGAUAUUUUUUAUAUAUAAAAUAAAUAAACUUCAGAAGAAAUUCGUACACAAAAUCUUUAAGAACAAAUUUAAAAACUAUAAUAAGAAAAUGAAAAUCUAAAUAAAAAAUUAAGCUAAAAAAAUAAUAAUACUGAAUAAUUUUCAUAAGAAUCAAUUAAAAAUGACGAUGAGAGUGUAAAAAUUACAUAUUAAAUACAUAUAUAUAUGUAUAUUUAUAUAGAUAAUUUAUUUAUUUUAAAAAUUAAAAAAUAAUCCACCUGGUUUAAUAUAAAGGAUGUAAAAAGCAGAUUUAGAUAAAGAUGGUUAAUUAAAUUAAACUGA